AUGAGCUCCUGGCUUUCAUUAGAGACAUUCCUACGAGGUAAAACUGCCUCUUACAUUAGACGUGGUCUCUUUCUUACCUGUGCUUAUGGUGUGGGGAGUGACUAUUACUUGACUCACUAUUAUCACGCUUUCGAUCCCAGUGAGGGGUCUUUGUAUGUGAUUGACUGGAGUCCCAUUGGACGCCCACGCUGUCAAAUGUAUAUACUACCAAACAAUCACUAUCCAAACUACAGUCCAUGGACACCAAAGAAUGGGGAUGUUGUGUUAGCGCGUAAAGUCUUGACGGAACCAAACUGGCUGCAACUCAUUAGUGGAAGAUUUGUAGAGCGUGAGACGUGUGGAGCCCGUCUGGCGAUUCCUCUUGAGGAGGUUCAACAGCAACAGAAGGAGCGUCAAGAACAAGAGGAAGAUGUGAAGAAACUUCUUUAA